UCAGUUUCAGUUUCUAACCUCAACAUAUAUGAUUAUUUAUAAAGUAGAACUAGCCUUCCUAUCUAGAUAAGUGCACUUACAGCAUUUGACACUACUAGAAUAUUGCAGUACCGGAUUGCUACGAAUUCAAUGUCAGCAAGGAUCAUUAUUCUGUUUUGUUGAUUUUAAACAAAUGAGCCAAGCCAUUGGUCAAGCAUCCAAAUGCAACAGUAUUGUGUGCAAUACUGUUGAGUCGUACGAAAGAGAAAGGUAAUAGACAAAAAUGGCAAGUGAGGAAGUAAUUGAGGCUAACAAGAAGCCGCAGCCGGUGUUCAAGAAUCGUUCGUUUCAACAGAAAUUUCGGCCUACUAGUAAUACCGGUAAAAAGCGCACGUGGCGUUCGUUGAAACAGGUUUUGGCCCAGGAGCGUUCAUUACCAUGGCCACCCACGGUAAAACACUAUAGUUCUAUCAACGCACCUCCGAGCUUCAAACCUGCCAAGAAGUAUUCCGACAUAUCUGGAUUACCAGCACGAUAUACGGAUCCACAGACUAAAUUGUACUACGCAACCGCCGAAGAAUUUGCAACAGUACGAAGUUUACCGAUGGAUAUAACUGCUGGUUACUUGGCUUUACGCGGCGCGUCCAGCAUCGUUGGUUAAAUAAACGCAAUAUCUUACAUAAAGAGAUAACUUCCAUCGUGUGAUUCAGCAACGCAAUUUCGCGAACUUUAAACACACAAGAAAGUUUGAAGUUUUCGCUUACAGAGACUGAGGGAGCAUUUCGAUAAGGAUAGAGAUAGAUAAAGAGACAGAUAUAGAAUGAUUCAAUAAAGAAACGAGAUAAAGUAUCGAUAUUUUUAUCUCAUCAUAUGUAACACUUAUAACACUUCGUCAUGCCUGUCAAAUAGUGCUUCGUAGGAUUUUACAAAAUGAACAAUUCCACAAGUGAUUUUUUUCUGUUACUCCCAUUAUUUUUUAUCUCUCCUUAGUACUUUAUACGAUACAUUAUUAAAAAAGCUUGUCCAUUAUAACUUAGUAUAUGAACUACAGGCUAACAGGGAGGAGAGGUGUGGAGGAUCCUCAAGAUGUGUAUAACUGCUCGUCGGUUAUUUACGCACUGUGCCUGACCCGGUAUACUUUUGUCUUUCUAUUUCGUUUUCUUUUUUUCUUCAGCACAUUUUGCUCUCGUCCAGUUCGCUACUUGCAAAACGGCCAUUAGCGAAUUUGCAAAAUUAUUUGCAAUAGGAGAAUACAAACAGCAAG